GAGUUGGAGAUUUGUUGAGAAUCCUGCCUGAAUGAACACAAGGAACACUGCAGGAAGGAGCUUGAGAAGCUGAUAAGACAAAGUGUUUAUGGAUUAUUCCGGAUGAUGCAUUUGCAUGCUCUCUUGGGAUAGGGUCACAUCUGACAAAUUACGUCUGUGCAAAAGUGUGUUUCUCUUGAUUAGUUUGUCCCACCCUUCCUGUACUCCAAUGCUCUUGUGAGUUUCAUCGAGAAACUGGGCAGUGUGAGGAGUCUAGACAUGGACCACAACAGCUACCCAAUGAAGAAACUGGGCUAUGACAGCAAGGACUACCAGAGAGCGAAAUCCAACAGCUGUGAUUAUUAUGUUAAAUACUUUCUCCUUUGCACCAGCAUCAUCCAGUUACUGAUCAUCCUGGGGCUUGUCCUCUUCAUGGUCUAUGGGAACAAUCAAAGAAGCCAACAGAGUCGCCUGGAGACCAGUCGCAACCAAUCGGUCAAGUUCAUCGGUGAUAUUAAUGAACUACACACCAACCUGAGCAGCCAGAGUAAAGAAUUGAAGACGUGCCAGUCUACUGUGUCCAAUCUAACAAUCCAUCUGAUAAGGGUCACCAAUUCUCUGAGGGUCUGCAUCAAAAAGAACACCACCAAACCACAGCCGCGAGGACCACCCCCCUACGACAACAACCCGCAAACAGCGUUUGAAAAGUUUAGGUUCUGCACAAUGCUGCAACAAAACUAUUCGACUGCCCAAAUGCAGAUUGUGACGUUGAAAGCUGACAAUGAGCUCCAACAGGCCAAACACAUCUUGGAAGUCACAAAACUGAACAGUCAGAAGGCAGAACUGCUCAGGCAGCUGGCAAAUCAGAGAGGGAACUGCACAUCCAUGAGCAAGGACUUUAAGAAGAUGAUGGAUGAAACCAGUGCAGUUUAUGAAGCAGGAUUCAGGGAGGUUGUGGCGAAGGUAGGAGGGCGCUAUGACCCGAACCUGAGCAGACACCUGGAACAAAUGAGAGCAAACUGCACAGCGCUGACUUCCAACUUUCGGACACAGCUCCAGCAGAGGAUCGAUGGUUUUGUUGCAACCUUCAAACACAUCUGGCAGAGUAACAAUGAACAAUCCUCAAGGAUAAGCAAUCUGGAAAAGGUGAAUGAAGAAUGUCAGCGAGAAGCAGCAGUCCAGCUCCAACAGUUCAAGAGAAAAGAGUCUCAGUUGCAGACCGAGAAGGAGAGUUAUCUUGAAGAGAAGGUGCAGCUCCUGCAGGAACGGAAUCUGCUGAGAUCUCAGCUGGCAGCCAAAAACCACCAAUCCAAUUUCUUCCUCAACCCGGGAUCCAGCAACACCAGAUCCACUUCCUGCCAAAGUGAAUAUGAGAGCGCCAUCAGAGAAUUCUGGCUGCUGCAGAAAGAAAAAAUUGCUUUGGAAGAUCAUAAAAUCAAACUGGAACAACAACUGGUAACACUGAAACAACAGCUGGAAGGCUGCUACAAUCUUGCAGAACUGCAGAAGCGUUUGGGCUGCAGAAUGACGGGGUAGAUGGAAUGAAGACAGAUGGAGUGGAUGGAGAACGUUGGAACCUUGGACAGUUAGGGAACACCAUCCCAUAACCCUACAGCUACAUUCAAUGGAAACCUGACAUGCUCAUCUACCUCAUUGGUAGACAAAGUUAAUUCAGACCCCUUGUGUAGACAACAGUCCCCAUUUUCACAAACAAUGUCACUUUUGAGUCAAGAUUAGAGUGGGGCUGGAAAAGCACAGCAGGUCAGGCAGCAUCUGAGGAGCAGGAAAAUCAAUGUUUCAGGCAAAAGCCCUUCAGCAGGAAGCUCUUCCUGCUCCUCGGAUGCUGCCUGACCUGCUGUGCUUUUCCAGCAACACUCUAAUCUUGAUUCUGAUCUCCAGCUUUUCAGUACCCACUUCUGCUGAAUGUAACUAUUGAGUGGAGUGAGUAGAAGGAAAGGGUCCAGGAAUGAUUGCUUUGAGUAGACUGUUUUUGAAUCUUGAACAUUUUACCCCAAAGAGUGAUUGAAACAGAAAUCAUUGCAUCAUUUGAGUAAAAAUUAUUUUAUGUAAAAGCAAUUACCAAACCAUGGAGAUUAGGGGAUUAGUUAGGGAUUAAUAGACGGUUAUGGAGACAGACCUGUGGGAUUAGUUAGGGAUUAAUAGAUGGUUAUGGAGAGAGACCCAUGGGAUUAGUUAGGGAUUAAUAGAUGAUUAUGGAGAGAGACCUGUGGGAUUAGUUAGGGAUUAAUAGUUGGUUAUGGAAAGAGACCCGUGGGAUUAGUUAGGGAUUGAUACAGGACAAUGGGAACACACUGGACAGUGGCAUUAGUUUAGGGAAUAGUAUGGGAUUAUGGGGAGAGCCUCAGGCAAUGGGAUUAGUUAUGAGAUUGAUACAGGACAAUGGGGAGAGAUCAGAGCUUUGGGGAAACAGAGCAGGGUAUUGGGAUUUAUUUGUGAUUGAUACAGGGCUAAGGGUAGAGCAUGGGUCACCAGGAUCAGUUUGGGAUUGAUAAAGGGUAGUGGCGAGAUAGAGUAGGGCAGUGUAAUUUGUUGGAGUAUUGACACAGGGCUGUGGGCAGAUUAUGGAGCAGUGGGAUCAGUUUAGGGAUUCAUACAGGGUAAUGAGGAGAGAGCAGGACAGUGGAAUUAGUUUAGGAAUUGAUCUAAUAUGUGUCCAGCAAAACUACAAUAAAUUUAAAAUAUUGUGCAGUGCUUGAAAAAUGACAGGUUCCCGGGAACUCCCCUGUGUUAAUGAUUCAGCUUAUUUCCUGUCCUCAUUACAGCUUUCCUGAUUCACUGUCAGGUAUUGGAAGUUUAAUUUAGGAUUUGCCCACCAGUGAGACCACACAGAUAUAACCUUCUCUUCCAAGCCUUGCAGUCAUGAAAUCCAAUAGAUAGGAAAUCUAAACAGAGUAGUUUUGUUUGGGUAAUAUUAGAUUGGCAGAGUUUAGUGCUACCUCAGACCCUGGGGUUAUAGCUAUGUAGGACAUGCCUGGUAUAGAUGGAUUGUUUCACAUAAGGCUUCAAUGCAGAAGCAGAAUUUGGUCAAGGCUGGUCUGAGUAAUGAUCAGUAUAACUGGAUUCGUGUGUGUGUGUGUGUGUGGUGUUAGUGACUGUGUAUGUGUGGGGCAGUGUGAUUGUGUGUGUGUCAGUGUGAUUGUGGGUGUGAGUGUGACUGUACAUCAAUAUAAUUGUUUUCAUUAUAUAUUCCUCCAUGUAUUUGGCUAAUUCCCUAAUCACUUGUGGCUGAGUGUAAAGUGUGAAUGUGUAAAUUUAGGCUCACACCCACUUGUUGUUAAAAUUUGUUCCCUAAAAGAAAUAAAUGAAUGGAGUGCUGUGUCUGGUGUUAAUGAAUGUUUAUAAAGCAAUGGAUGUUAAUUCAUCAUUAUUAACCAAACAUUCAAUGUUAUCUCUGAGAUAGUAACUAAAGGUUUUAACCAAUAAACAUGAACUAAUGUUAGCAACCAAUAUACAUAAACCAGUGAAUGUUUAAUCAUUGUGUUAUUUUCUGAACUAAUAAGUGUUAACUAAUGGAUGUAACUCCAUUUUCCUCUGCCUCUCCCCAAAAUUACUGGUUGAAUUUUGACCUUGUAACCCACAGGUUAUGAAUUCAAUGACUGAAACACUGGUUGUUAGAGUUAUAGUUAGUAGAGUUAUAUUCUGUACCUGUUCUUGAUUUAAUAGCUAUUUACUAAGUACAUUUAUUUGUGAGUUUUUUUGAAGAUUGUAAUUAUUAGAUUUGCUUGGUAUUAUAGUGUCUGCAGUAUGUACACCUCUAUUGUAUUUCUCAGCCCCUCUCUCCAUAUACCAUAUUAACCACUACACGUCUGAUCUCACUGUCAUCCUCCUGUGUUCCGGCUCUGGAUCAGUUUAACCUGUUCUCUGCCUGAGGGCUGCAUUUGUAAGAUCAAAAUAGAGGCCAGGAAGAUGGAGAAAUUUUAUGAAACUAACUUGGGGCUUUGAAAAUUUUGGAAUUUCUUGUUAUCAGCUUUUAUGUUGUUCACUUAAAACAAAUAAAAAGAUUUAACUCAAUAAA